AUGACCGACACGACUCAGCAGACUGUUGUCGCGGAUGACGCGCCCAUGCCCCAAGGCGCUUCCGAUGCUGCACCCGGAGCCUCGAUCCCUCCGUCUCCUCCGGUUCCGCCGUCCGAUCCCAGUACCGCCGCAGUAGCCGACAACCAAGACAGCGUCACCGACGAAAACGACCUCUUCAAACUACCCGCCGAGGAAGCAUUGCGCCUCCUCAGCGCCAGCGUGGAACUCCUAGUCCGGAUGACUGGUGAUUUCCCCCCUACGCCGCCCCCCAAAACGCCCACGGAUCCCCAAAUGACCGGCAUGCUCGUCGAAAAGGACAACAUUGUACGCUCGCAUUCCCAGCAGAGUCUGACGCGGAUGAGACGACAAGCUGAACGCGCCGCUGUCCACCGGCAAGGCCACCAUGCGAAUCCCUCACACCGAGGUGACGGCGGCGUGAACAGACUGCAGGCGUACAGCGCCUCAAUGUCUGCCCACUUUGCUGCCCAACAACACGGCGCAUCGUCGAUACCAACCACGUCACCAGAGCCCGUAGACGGCGUCAAGCUACGUCAACACUCGGAAACCGAGAUGGCGCCGUACAUCGUCGUCGGCGCCGACUCCCAGCCCGUAAACCUCCAACAUGGCGCAAUGACGCGCAAGUUCUACAGCAAAAGGGAGCCGCCGAUCCCUCUGGGCCAGUAUCUACUGCGCUUACACAAGUUCUGCCCCAUGAGCACUGCCGUCUAUCUCGCCACGUCGCUUUACAUCCACCGCCUGGCUGUCAAGGAACGUGCCAUUCCAGUGACGAGACGCAACGCCCACAGGCUACUCCUGGCCGGGCUACGAGUAGCCAUGAAAGCACUCGAGGACCUGUCGUACCCGCACGCCAGGGUCGCCAAGGUCGGCGGCGUCAGUGAAGUCGAGUUGGCACGGUUGGAGAUUAGUUUCUGCUUUCUGGCUGGCUUUGAGCUGGUCGUCGGCGAAGAGCCGCUGCGGAAACAUUGGCAGGAGCUGCGUGGCGGCAGUGCACAGCAGAUUCUUAACGGGACGGAUGUUCCGACUUUGAAGCUGACCAAGAGGCCUAGAGAGCUGGCGCACACGGGUGGAUGA